AUGUCUGCAACAACAACCUUGAAGAGAAGUUAUGAUUCAUUCUCAGCUGAAGACGACAGCCAACUCGACUACAACAUGUGCGGAUCAAAACCAUUCUGUUAUGGUUCUUCAUCAUCAUCGAUAGACUUUUCUAACUCAAGUAUUGAAUCUACACUCCCUGUCAGACAACCUAUAAAGAAGAGAAGGGACACCCUCUUGCAAACCUCAUCAGGCAAAAAUAAAACGGCCUAUGUGUCGAGAGAAGAAAUUAAAAAGGCUCCUGUUGAAGAAUUCAUUGAUUCCUAUCUGAAGGAAAAACGUAAAUAUAUCCAACAAUAUUUCCCUGAUCAAAAUAUUGAUGCAACUUCAUUCACUUACGAAGAGGUUAAACAAUUAUUACAAGUCAGAGAUGAACAACAUUUCCAAGAAUUGAACAAGACCGUUCAAGAAAAAUUGACAGAACAAUUUGAACAAUUUACCAAAUUCAAUCAUGAUUAUAUUUCCAAACAAUUCAAAGAGUCUGACUUUAGUUAUACUUCCUAAUUAUUCAAUAUAUUAUUUUCCAAGAGGAAAGCUAAAUAUUUGUACAACUCUUCGAUCAACAACAUUUAAAGUUUAGAAAACACUCUGAACGUGUAGGGCAGAGUCAUGAAAAAACCCAAAAACAAAACUUCUGUACAAAAUUCUCUCCAACCUCUCCUUUUAUCCCUUUAAAAAAACACUCUAUCCUGUUAAAUACCAUUUUCCAUCACCAAUCCAUCCAAACUUAACCAACUCCCAAUAAAUUGAACCAAUAUUAAAAACAACAACUUUC